AUGUCCUUCCAAAAAAAGAUCUUCAUCAACCUCCCUAGCAAAGACCUUGAAGCUUCCAAACGCUUCGCCCUCGGUCUCGGCCUCAAGAAGAAGUUUGAAGGCUCUGGAGAGAUGCAAACCGUCGUCUUCGUCUACGCAGAUAACAUCUUAAUUAUGUACCACGCCCAUCCGACUUGGGAGCGAUGGUUAUUCGAGGGUCGAAAGACCGCCGAUGCGCAUUCCACCACACAAGCGCUGUUGACCUUAUCCGCAGAAUCAGCGGAGGAGGUGGAGAGUAUGGUUAGCAAGGCUGUGGAUGCCGGAGGGAGAAGGGGACCCCAGAUGGCGCCGGACAACGACCAGUAUGGAAUGUAUUCAAGGAGUGUGGAGGACCCGGAUGGCCAUGUUUUCGAAAUUGUGUAUGCGAGUAAGGGGUGUUGUAUGGGGGCGUGA